GCGGCGUGAGGGUUUAUGAGUGUGGGUGAGCCAUCUUCAUCUUCUGUGAGGUGGUGCGCUUUUGUCUACUUACUACUACUGUUUAACUACACCUACACUCAUGAUUCCUUGAACAUUUUAGUACACCCCUCUCUCUACAUGAACUUCAUCUAUCAAAACCUGCAGCUGCAGAACGCAGACUGUCCGCGAUGGUGGUGGUGGGGGACAGGGCGCAAGGAUACACACGGACCACUUUAGGGGAGAAAGUUUUACUGAUAACGAACGUCCUAUCUCGAGCACGCUGAGGAUGAGAGACUGUUGCUUUUCUAGUAGUUGUUGUAGUUUGUUGUAGUUUGUUGAUAGCUAUGAUUUAUGAGUGGAUGGGUGUAGACUAGAUAUAAGAAGAAGAGAGGAGGAGGAGAUGACGGUGGUUAUCUUGAGUCUCGUCAGACUAAACAGACAGACAGACAGACAGACAGAAGAAAGUCACUUAUCGGGCUCUGUCUCCGUACUCAUCCACUAUCUCCUCUAUCGCACUAUCUCUGUCGCCUAUGCCAGACCGACGUUUACUAUUGUAGCUUAGCUAGACCAGACGUGUUGAACCUCGGCUUUGCGAGAGUGACUUUGCUGAGCAGGCAGAGAAUAUAGAGUAGAGAGUAGAUAGAAGAAGAUAUGUUGACGCAGUAUCUAAAGAGAGGA